UUACCGAAGAAAAGCAAUGUCCAUGGCGGGAACGGAAAGGGAUCAUCCACAGAAGCAACUCUUGAGCCUCAUCCGCAAUUUUGCCUCCGAGAAAUCUCAAGGAGAACGAAGGGUAGUUACUCUGAGAAAGCAAAUCGAGAAGCUCACUUCUGAUUUGAGCGUUGUUAACGUGGAGCUUGAAGAUGCUAAGCGAUGCAAAGAACUCACUGAGCAGGAGAUUAUAGGUUUUGAAGUUCAAUUUUCCAUGAGUGAAGCUUCAGCUCAAACGCUCGAGGCAAGGAUAUCUCGAAUUCAAUAUGAAAUCUCUGCUCUGAGAUCUGAAGUGGAAACUCUCAAGAUGGAAGAAGCAGCUUUACGUGAGCAAUUCAUCCACAGCAUGCUUGAUCUGAAUGCCAAGAUAAGGAGAUUUCAUGAGAGCAUCAUUAAUUGUGAUAUUGAAGCAGUAGAUUGUGAAGCUUAUACAGAUGCACCACAAGUGAAUAUGAAAGAGAAUGAGAAUGAUGAUGAAAUUGUUGCUCUUGAAAGUAUGCUUUCGGAUAUACUAUCUCAAACAACUAAAGAGGAUGAGGAAUACCGAGCAGAAAUCGAAACUCAUAAGAAAGUUACACAAACAAAUUCCGUUGUGUCCUUAAUUGAACACAAGCAGACUUCAACCUUAGAAGCUACAUACAACACACUUGUCGAGGAACUUCAAAGAAGAUGCAUUUGUCCUAGUUGCCAUAUGGACAAUUUGGAAGCUAUUAGUGCACUUCUUCUGCCAGAUGAGGAUAAGUGA